AUGAAAAUAAUUGAUCGGAAAAAGAACAUCUUCAAACUCGCACAAGGAGAGUACGUUGCAGUUGAGAAUUUAGAAAACGUAUAUGGUCAAGUAGAAGCCAUUGAAUCAAUAUGGGUGUAUGGGAACAGCUUUGAGUCUUUCCUUAUCGCAGUCGCUAACCCGGCUCAGCAAACUCUUGAACGCUGGGCCGAGGAGAAUGGAAUUAGUGGAGACUUUGAAUCUAUAUGUCAAAACGCAAAAGCAAAAGCAUUUGUACUUGGAGAACUGGUUAAGACAGCCAAAGAAAGAAAGUUGAAGGGUUUUGAGAUCAUUAGAGCUAUUCAUUUGGAACCCGUGGCUUUCGACAUUGAAAGAGACCUUCUUACUCCUACCUACAAGAAGAAGAGGCCUCAACUGCUUAAAUACUAUCAGAAUGUGAUUGAUGAUAUGUACAAGACUGCAAAGGAAGGUCAAGCUUCAGGACAGUAG